CCCCUUCAAAGUCUCAUUCUGUCGACCGUUUGGGAGGUAUUGUUCUACACGCCUUGGCAUCUCUUCAUGCAUUGCACGGCUAAAGGUGUGGUGGCGCUGGUGCUUUGCUUUGUUACGGCAGGUCUCUCUUGGACGCAGUUCAUCAUUCCGCUAUGGCUUGUUUCGGACAACGACAUUGGCAAGUCAUCCGCCAUCCAAUCCAUUGGUGUGGCCGGGCUAUGCUUCGAAACCAACCACUCGAACGGCAUUGUGUGCGCGUCGUAUUUCUCAGCCCCGAGCCCAAUCAACGAAGUUGAACGAGCCAACCUGCCCACUAGUCGACCCAAUCUUCCCUACAGCCUAUCCAACCAGUCCAUAUGUGCCUUGUACGCGCAAACCAAUGACGGGGACAAGUUGGACAUCGGUGGAGCAUAUCCGAAGGAGGUGUUGAACGACGAGUUCCUUGAACGAACCUGCGGCUCCCUUGGUUCGUCCACGCUGACAUUUGCGAUUUCCACCUCGAUCCUUGGCACCCUGAUGUUCGUGGCGCUCGCAGUUUGGACCUGCGCCACUACAACCAAGUCCUGUAUGCUGGCCCUAAGCAAACUCCUUGCGUUCGCCGCCCUAGUCGCCAACCUGCUAACCAUCACGAUGUGGUUUGUUCAGCAGUCCAGUCUCCACGUUGGUGCGGGCGUGUCGUUGGGGCUAUCGUUCUUCUUGUCGGUAGCGUCGGCGACGCUGUAUUGUGGCUGCAUCACUGCCAUCGGCAUGCUACGGUUGAAAGAGCGGCAUGAAAGGUUCCGUGAAAAGUCGCUGCGCUUGCAAUCGAUCCGCGACUUGGAGCGCGCGGCGUCCAUCAAACGCGCCAAAUCGUUGUCGGCGAGAGCGCUGACAGUACUCUAGUUGUUCAAAGUAAUAAAAGUCAUUGUGUCCUAA